AAUCACAACUGAAUUAAAUUUUACAAUUUUCAGCAUCAAAAUCGUUGGAUAAAGGUUUAAGGGAAUUUAUCUGCUACAAAAUUUGACAUUAAGUGUCAGCUUUCAAUACUUUAUUUUAAGGUUUACUAUUUAUGUUCAUUGUGAGACUUGUGACAACUUUUACAAUUGCAUUUAAAUAGUUUGACGAAAACAAAGACUACUCAAAACUAAUGCUAAUACAAUUUUUAUAUGGAAUUCCAACAAUAAUUGCAUUUCUUUAGAUAAAACAAUUUUGUUACUGAGGGGUUCUUAUUUAGCGCCCAAGACUGGAAUUCAAAGUGCGCUUGGAAUAAAAGCGCCUCUGUAAUUACAAAAAUCAACUUGACUGUUUGUGAUUGAAUCAUCAGUAUGUUAACAAGAAUUGUAAACAUAAAUUCUGAAAGCCCAAAACUGAUUUGUGUUAUAAUUGAUUAUCAUUUUCUUAACCAUAUUUUGUCAUUGCACUAAGUACACUAAUCACUUCACAUGUCAAUCACUCGUUCAAUUGAAAUCAAUUCGAAAAGAUGUUGUUGACAAUGAGUUCAGGUGCAAUCGCUUCCAUCAUUAUUUUUAUUUUAAUCCAAGACUUGUUGGCUUCUCAAAAUUUAACAGAAUUUUUAAAUCUUCGACGAAAACGAAGCAUUAUCUAUCAAGGUGGGACAAUUAAGUUUUCAGCAUCAGGAAUUUGGCCGUUGUAUCUUGAAGAUCAUGUACACUGGAGACAAGUCAACUGUAUUGGAACUUUACAAACUCAAUACGAUUUACCAACAAAACCACUUAACUCAUAUAUUAACAAUAAUUGGGGCUUCCCAUACUAUGAGAAAGGCUUAAGGUCAAUGCGUGAAAAAUUUGAUAAAUUUGGAUAUUUUAAACCUGAUGUUUCGAGAAUGUUUAUCUAUGCUGCUUUGGAGGAAUUUAUGAACAGAAAUGAUCGAAAUGGGCGUGAGUGUUUAUUGCGAUCGAUAUGUGAAAAUGCACAAGUCGAUGAGCAUGUUGACGAAUUUUCGCAAAUUAUGAAUGUAAUUCUCACCCCUGGAAAAGAUGAUUUAGAUGCAGUCUAUCGAGAAGCUCUCAAAGCUGGGAAAUUCGGUGCUGACUGUCUAAGUUUGUAUUCAAAAUGUUCGUACGGAGAUAGUUUUUUGGAUCGUAUUGCUGUAUUUGGUUAAAACUAAUAAAAAUUAUGCGCAAAAUAUAUA